CAGGGGCAAUUCGGGGUUCAGUAUCUUGCCCAAGGACACUUCGACAUGCGGCCUGGAGGAGCUGGGGAUUGAACCACCUACCUUCCGAUUAACGGGCAACCCGCUCUACCUGAGCCACAGACGCCCGAUGAAUUCUCAAAUGAAUACAGAUAUCUUCCAUGCAAGUUGUCAGUGCUAAUGUUUUAGCUGUAAGCUGUAAGGUUAGCAAGUUCAUGGCUACAAGAGUCUGGGACGGCUGGAGCGCACAACACGUCACUGAACGUGAGCCGCUCCCCGUUCCUCAACAGGUGCAGGUGAUUGGAACACUGGAACACGAACCAUGAACACCAUGUACAGUUCUGUACAAGGAAACUUCACAUUUACGUGGCACCCACUUCCCCCAGGCUGUUGUGUGUGAGACCUUGAGUGCAGUCUGGUCCUGGGAUUGUUCAGGACUCUCUUUAAUGGAGGGUGGACCAUGAGCUCGGAGAGGGGAUUCCCUCCAACUAUUUCUGUCUUUAUUCCCGGCACAGAAUGACUAACUGUGAUUGAGCACCACAUCAUGGAGAUCCGGAAUAUGUUUUCUUCGUGUUGGGUGCGUGUUUUGGCAUGUUUCAAGAAACCCAACCAAACUGAAGUUGAUGGGAAGCCUGGCACCGUUUUUGUAAAUCCCGGUGCUGAUGAUAAAAACGCAGAUGGUGACUUUCAUUCAAAAAGAUCGUUACCGCCGCUUCCAGUGGCGAAACCUGGGGAUUAUUACAUCGCCCUGUAUGAUUACUCCGCGCGCACUGAGGAGGACCUGAGCUUUAACACAGGGGACACUCUUGAGGCUCUGGAUAAAAGCCCUGGUGAAUGGUGGUUUGCGAAAGCCCUCACCGGGGUCUCGGCCUCCAAACAGGGAUACAUCCCGGCUAAUUAUGUGGCGCCUGUGGAGAGUAUCGAUGCAGAGCCAUGGUAUUUUCCUGACACCAAGAGGCAGGAUGCAGAGAAGAUGCUGCUGGCAGGAGGGAACCCGAAUGGCGCCUUCCUUAUCAGAAACUGUGAAAGUCAGAAAGGGGAGCUCUCCCUCUCAGUGCUGGACACUGGGAGGGUGAAGCAUUACAAGCUGAAAAAACUGGAGAAUGGUCACGUCUACGUGUCGAGGACUAGAUCCUUUCAAACACUGAAGGAGUUAGUGGAACAUUACUCCAAAAACGCAGAUGGCCUCUGUGUUUGUCUGAGUGAACCAUGUAAAAAGAUGGAGGCUCCACAGACUCACGGUCUGUCCUACAACACUGUGGACCACUGGGAGAUUGACCGCAACUCCAUCAAGCUGUUGAAGAAGCUGGGAGCCGGUCAGUUUGGAGAAGUGUUUGAGGGCCUGUGGAACGAAACCACAGCAGUUGCAGUGAAGACCCUCAAACCUGGUACCAUGGACCCCGAGGACUUCCUGAGAGAGGCGCAGAUCAUGAAGAAGCUGCGUCACGCCAAGCUGAUCCAGCUGUACGCUGUCUGCACCAUGGAGCAGCCCAUCUACAUCAUCACAGAGCUGAUGAAGAAUGGCAGCCUAUUGGAGUACCUCCAGAAGGAUAAGGGCAUUGUGCUGCGUAUCUCUGACCAGAUUGAGAUGGCUGCCCAGGUGGCAGCAGGCAUGGCUUUCCUGGAGUUACAGAACUACAUCCACAGAGACCUGGCAGCCAGGAACGUCCUGGUGGGCGAGAACAACAUCUGCAAGGUGGCUGACUUUGGCCUCGCGCGGGUCUUCAUGAAAGAGAAUGAAAAUGUGUAUGAAGCCAAAGAAGGAACUAAAUUCCCCGUGAAGUGGACCGCUCCAGAAGCCAUCCACGACAACAAAUUCAGUAUCAAAUCUGACGUAUGGUCCUUUGGAAUAUUGCUGUAUGAGAUCAUGACAUUCGGACAGAUGCCUUACCCAACCAUGACGAACUACCAGGUCGUCCAGAGGGUUCCCCAGGGCUACAGAAUGUCGUGCCCCCCCAGCUGCCCCAAAGUCAUGUAUGACAUAAUGAUAGACUGCUGGAAGGAGAACGAGCAGGACCGGCCCACAUUCGAGACCCUGCAGUGGAAGCUGGAGGACUACUUCGACUUGGAUAUAACCUCCUCCUACGACGACGCCAACCGUUACUAGCACACUGACCAGACUGUGACAUGUGCAAAGAAGGGGAUACAAAUUUUUUUUUUUUUUCCUCUCUCAAAUCAAAAUCACCCAGACAUGAACAUACAUUGAUGUUUUUAUGAUAUAAUGUAAUUUAAAAUUCCAGUCUUUGUGGUCAAAUGAAAAAUCUUAAAAUGUUUGAUCUGCAGACUGUGACUGCUACGCUGUGACACAGCACCACAGCAAGAGUUGCGACACUCCUGGUCACGCUUUCUUUGACAACUGACGGCACGUUUAGAAAGGCCGUACCCUUGUUAUGACAGACUACACUACACUUGCCUGGAAAAGGCAUCUUUCGGCAGAACUGGUUGUUCUUGCACUCAGCAUAGCACACAUUUUCUGAGAAGAUUUAUGAGUCAUGUUCACUUGCAGGCUCAGUGUGUUUGGCUUUGUGUUUUAGAGCGGGAGACUGAGAGGGUGGCAGGUGCUAUCAUCACCACUCAUUCCUGCCUGUAGCAACCAGAAGUGAAGAUACGUGACUGUUUUUGGCCCCAGCAGCCAGAGGGGCCCAAUAAAUGAAAGCCCAAUAAAAUUAUUACUUUAUUGACAAACUACUACUUCACUCAAGAGUCAAAUACACACCCUUUAAUUCAUAAUCACAGUUUCCCUUCAGGCUUUGGUCUUUGUGCCUCUGUAACAACUGCUACAAGAGAGCUACAGAACUUGGUCAGUACACAGCGCUGCAGGUGUCAUAGAGGCAUGGGGGGGGGGGGACAAAUCUAUAAGCACAAAAAAAUCAAUGACCUCAUUUGUUUCUUAAAAAUGAAUUAUUUGUGCACAUGGACAGGAACAUAACACUAAAUGUCCUUUUUGUUUUUUAGCUGCGUUGGUGAAUGAUCAACAAUGUUCACCAGCUAGUUGGGAACUUUGUUUGGUGUUGGGCAGGCAGUGUUCAGUUGGUUUACCAGAGUAACUCCGUUCACUUCACAUGCCAUUUUAUCCAUUGUUUAUAUAAAAAUGUUGAUUAAAGCAGCUUUAAGAGAUGUCAGAAAUAACUUUCAACAGGCAAAGUGCAUCAUUGAAAUUCCCUUACAGAAAACAAAAGUACAGUAAGUAGAUUUUCCAUGGGAAGACAUCUUUCACUUCACUCUUUUAGCGCAUUAACGUUAACAGUAAAGUGUAAAACUGCAGCAUUUGGUACUGACGUAAGCUGUUGUCUACUCCAGUCAUGUAGGGAGCAGCACACAGUGAUAGUGGCAGGCUAGCAGCUGUGUUUUGGCAUUGACAAAUACCAAAUGCAUUCCUUAAUAUUCAUUUAGUUAGGUUAUUGGUUUCAAUGCAUGUGUUGUUGUCCCUCUAGCUUUAGUUGCAUUCGGCUACACGGGCGUAUGUGCUAGCUCCUACAUGUAGUGCGACGAGCCUUUCUUGAUUUAAUGCACGUUAGUCUUUAUUUCAAAUGGAGAUGCAUGGAUAUAUCCGGAAACAUUGUUAUCUUCAACACUCCUUAAACAUAUGUUAGAUAGUAUUAUGUAAAUUUGUGCACACAAAUGAAGUCAGUUAGGUGCAAUCUUGAAUUUAUAUUUUGUCCAGGGCCCUGAUGCUUUUAUCUUCUCUAGGGCCUCAAAGUCAUGUAGUCUACCCCUGCAGACCAUCAGUAGCCACAAACUUGAACAGGUCUCCUAAUCAGACCCCUGACACAUUCUUAAGUGGUUGUACCUGGUGGACUGUCUCAUCCUCUGAUGAUUUUGUAUGAUGAUAAUUGUAUAUUAAAACCAUGCUAGUGUUUAUAUGAUCAUAUAGUAUUUUAAAAAAAUUAUCCUGUAUGCAUAGCAUAAUUAAACAACGUAUUUAUUAUGAAUUUGGCUUGGUUAUUAGGUGUGGUUGGUUAUGAUGUGGCGAUAAACCGCAGUUCUGAACCUUGUGUUUUGAAUUAAGAACACCAACAACUAGAUCAAUCAGAAGACACGAGCAAACAGAGUAAUGUACCGGAUAAUAAUAUUAGAUUAGCAAAGCUUUAAGUUCUGUGGGACAAACGGCUGUCACUGGUCAAUAUAAAGUACAACAAUAAAUGUUAAGUGGUCGAUGAUGCAAAUAUGUGAAUAUAAACAAACAAUGGCAUAAAGCUUGCAGCCCGCUGAUUUCUAUUAAACCUUUCUAUGGAACAAUUUCCAUAGAAAGCUGCCUCAUUUAAACGUCAUAUUUUCACAUUAGCUUUCAGUCACUGCCUAUUCUGACGGCUACUCUGGUGCUCUCAUAGCUGUUACCAUUUACUUCCGCUGAAUUGAUCUCACUCAGUGUUUGUAUUAGGAUUAAGGGCUAAGUCCAUGUCAGCCCUGCUGAUGAGAACAUUUAUAACUUCCAGAAAUACUGCUGUAUAAGCUGUGCGCUUACCUCUCCUCUUUCUGUCUUUUAUGUCACUUGGUCUUUCUCUUUCUCCCCUGUCUUUACCCAAGACUUUGUGUUGUUUGAGUCUUAUCAGUGCUUCAGACCUUUUUCCAAUUGUUUUAUCCUCCUGACUCUUUUUGUCACUGAUAAACGGGAAGAGAUGGCGUUUCCCCCUCUCUCUGCGGAGCCAUGUUUCCUGUUUCACUGUCAAAUGAAGACAAAAUAAAUAAAGUAGUAAGUUUUA